AUGGCGCUAGAGCCACUAGAGGACGAGAUGCUUGUGAUUUGCAUUAUGCCACGGCUGCAGUCCACAACAUUCGGACAACACGCGACAAUGUCCAAGGCUCAGGCAAAGAUCUUUUUUAAAGUACAAGAGCCUUUGGACAAUGGGAAUGAGCAAGCAAUCAAAGCGCACUUGGUUCGCCAUGCUCUUUCCGUCCCUCUUGCCUCUGUGAAAUGUGGACUUGAGCUGUUGAUAGAUCCCAUUUUCUUGGAAAUUCUUACAUUCUCAGUCCACAAGUUUCGCAGCAGUGAAAAGCGCAGCAAAUCAGAGUCACAUCCGCUCCUUGGCUCUCUGGCGUGGCUCUGGGCCCAUGGAAACCCUCCCCCCGAUGCGAAGCAUCAGGCUGAGCUCAGAGCUCGGCUCAACUGGGGCUGUGCCUUCGAGGCCACAGUGUCAUCGAUGCUCGACAAAACGACGAAAGCUUCGGCCUCUGUGAUACAUGAAACUUGGGCCUCAGGCCACAAGACCUUUGCAGCAGGCUGCUGUGCGGUUCGGUAG